AUGAGCCCCGUGUCAAAUGACAAACGAAAACGCAGAUUGAGGAUAUGUUUGUCAGUUGACUUUGACGCACUUUCUGGGUACCUAGGCACUGGGCAUGACCCAGCUAAUACGCUCUCAGACUACUCUGCAGGGGUUUUCUCAGCCAACGUAGGAGUUGGAAGAUUGUUAGGACUGUUCAAAAAACAUGGCAUCUCCGACAAGGUGACUUGGUUUAUCCCCGGGCACAGCCUCGAGACAUUUCCAGCUCAAACACAAGAGAUCCUACAGAGUGGAGCUGAGAUCGGUCUGCACGGAUAUAGCCAUGAAGGAGCAUAUGCAAUGACGGUCGAACAGGAAAAGGAUGUAUUGGAAAAGUGUAUUGAGCUUGUCACGAAGCUGCAAAGUGGUAAGAGACCCGUGGGAUAUCGAGCCCCAUUAUAUCAAAUUCGGGAAACGACCGUGCGUCUCCUACAGGAGCACGAUUUUCUCUACGACUCCAGCAUGAACGCAUACGAUGCCCUUCCUUAUUUUAUAACCAAACCCUUUCCUGGAGAGCCACCGCAUGUUCCAGACUACAGCAAGGCUGCAAGCAGCUGGAUGAUUCCCACACCACUUCCAGAGCAACCCAAGGCCGGCACUGCCGAGGCUGAUCAGUCAUUGGUUGAGAUCCCGGGCUCCUGGUAUACCGAGGACAUGACCCCUCUUGGGUUCUAUCCCUAUGCGGCAAAUACGCAAGGCUAUGUUGGUGUCGAUCUGGUGGAGAAGAUGUGGUGGGAUCGAUUCGAUUGGAUCUGGGAGAAUGAAAGUUGGUUGGAUGAGGAGCCAGGAAAGGGAUAUGGAACCGUCUUUCCGAUGAUCUGGCACCCUGAGAGCUCGGGAAGAGCACACAUUGUCGGGAUGAUCGACAAAUUCAUUGCAAAGCUUGUGGCGCGAAGUCAGGAGGCGGAAGAAGGACAAAUCACCUUUGAAACGAUGGAAAGCGUCGCGAAUGGGUGGAAACGGCAACGGGGCUGCAAAUAG